ACCAGCGAAAGGAACAUCACGAUUAGCCUCAACUGUUGAUUUUGAUGUUUUUGGAGGGAAAGUUUGGAACCGAGGCGAGGGGGAAAGUGUGACCCUGUGUUCUGUCAUCCGUCUGGGUGAGUUUUCUUUUUAGGGUCCUGCCACUAUGGGAGAGGAGAGGGGCCUGAAGGAAUAACCACACUCCUCUUCCUUGACCUCUGCUCCUUCUCUCUGGGAUGGAUUACAGAUCAUUGCCUGAGCUGACAGUCCUUCUCUGCUGGAUGAGCUGCAGGAGAGACUGAGAGACGAAAAGAACGGCUGAAACCACCUAACAGGGAAUCAACGGAUGAAACCGCUUAACGGGAACAGCUGAAACUCUGCUGGCUGGGACAUCCAGAAGAACGACCAGACCUCAGAGCUAUAUCUCAUCUCAGUAGUGUAUUUUCCUUGUGUAUAGGAAGGGAAUAUCCCUAGGUUGCCACCAUGGCACUAAUGGUGGUCAAGUUUGACCUGAAGAAGCGGGUGAAGCUAGCCCAGUUCCUAUGGCUGAUGUACUGGUUCUCAGUGAUGGCAGGCGUGCUGGUCUUCAGCAUGGGGCUGUUCUUUAAGAUUGAGCUGCGUAAGCGCUCAGAGAUGAUGGACAACAACGAAAGCCACUUCGUCCCUAACUUACUAAUUGCCGUGGGGCUGCUGGCCUGUGGGAUCAACGCCAUGGGAGGCAAGAUCUGCUACGACUCCCUGGACCCUAUCAAGUUCUCCAGGUGGAAGCCCAUGCUCAAAUCCUUUCUAGUCUCCUGUGUGGCUUUCAAUUGUCUCCUGGUGCUGACGGCUCUGCUCUGCUUCCUGAUGAGGAUCCCUCUCCAGUUCACGCUGGCCGAGGGCCUGAAGAACGCCCUGAAGUUCUACAAGGACACAGACACGCCAGGACGCUGCUACAUGAAGAGGACUUUGGACCAGAUGCAGAUGGAGUUCCGUUGCUGUGGCAACAACAACUUCAGGGACUGGUUCGAGAUCCAGUGGGUCAGCAACCGCUACCUGGACUUCAGCGCCAAGGAAGUAAAAGAUCGUAUCGGCAGCAACGUGGAUGGGAAGUACCUGAUGGAUGCUGUUCCAUUCAGCUGCUGUAACCCCAGCUCCCCGCGGCCCUGCAUCCAGUACCAGGUGACCAACAACACGGCCCACUACUCCUACGACCACCACACUGAGGACCUGAACAUCUGGAAACGGGGCUGCCGUGAUGCACUGAUAUCCUACUACGGAGGCAUGAUGAACACCAUAGGAGCCCUGGUGCUACUGGUCGCUAUUCUGGAGGUUAUUGUGAUGAUCGGCCUCCAGUACGUGAACACCUCCCUGUCCAACCUGGUCAACCCAGAAGACCCAGAGAGCGAAAGUGAAGGCUGGAUCCUGGAGAAGACGGUGAAGGAGACGUUUACUGACAUCAUGGACAAGAUGAAAGCCAUGAGCAAGGGUAACACAGUGGAGGAGGGCGGAGUGGAUGGUGUUGCCACGGUGAGCUGAUCAAGAUACGCCACACAAACUGAGACCACUCCCACCGAAGGGAAGAGAGGGAGAUUGACCACCUCCUUUGCAUUUAUUACACAAAAUACAGUGCCUUGCAAAAGUAUUCAUCCCCCUUGGCGUUUUUCCUAUUUUGUUGCAUUACA